AUGCGCUUCUCCCACAUCGUCACAGGCCUCGCAGCUAGCUCGCUCGGUGUUGCUCAGACCCUCCCGUCCGGCGACAGCGUCACCGUCAUCACGUCGACGUACACCCCCUCGUCGACGGCCACCUUCUCCAGCGCCGUGUCGGGCAUCACGGGAGGGCCCGUCACGCCAUCAACGACAGUCACGUCGGGCACGUCCACCGUGACGUCGACGGCCAUGCCGUCCGUGGUCAGCAGCGGCGGGGACCACCACCUGGCGGCCCUCGGCGAGCCCAUGGCCGGGCUCGUGGUGUUUUGCGUGCUGAGUCUGAUGAUGCUUUGA